ACCCCCUCCCUUCUUUCCCAUGCACACGGUGUAGGGCACCCACCGGCGCUCACUCGCCCUCUUGGUGGCGGGGCCCCUCUCUUUUGGAGCAAAAGCCCAUCCCGGAAACCCCUCCUCCUCUCCUCCCAGCGUCCGCGAUAGCUCCUGUCUCCUCAUCUCUGCCAUGGCGGCCAACCCCGCGAGCGUCGGCAGCCGGACCAGCGUCCGCGUCGUCGUCAUCGGUGACUCCGGCACCGGCAAGUCCAGCCUCAUCGUCUCCGUCGCCACCGAGAUCUUCCCGGAGAACGUUCCCGACGUCAUGCCCCCGACCCGCCUUCCCGCCGACUACUACCCCGAUUGCGUUCCUACUACCAUCAUCGACACCUCCUCCAGCCUGGAGAACAAGAGCAAGCUGAUCAGCGAGUGCCAGAUGGCUGACGCCAUCGUUCUUACUUACGCCUGUGACCGCCCCUCCACCCUCGACCGCCUCAGCACCUACUGGCUCCCGGAACUCCGCCGCCUCGAGGUAAGGGUACCGGUGAUCGUGGUCGGUUGCAAGCUGGAUCUGCGCGACGAGCAGCAGGUGAGCCUGGAGCAGGUGAUGUCGCCGAUUAUGCAGCAGUUUCGAGAGAUCGAGACUUGCAUCGAGUGUUCUGCCCUCAGGCAGAUUCAGGUUCCUGAGGUUUUCUAUUAUGCCCAGAAGGCAGUGCUUCAUCCUACUGCCCCACUUUUUGAUCAAGAAACACAGUCCCUAAAGCCUCGAUGUGUGAGGGCUUUGAAACGUAUAUUCAUUCUCUGUGACCAUGACAGAGAUGGAGCUCUCAGUGAUGCAGAGUUGAAUGACUUUCAGGUUAGAUGUUUUAAUGCUCCUCUGCAGCCUAGUGAAAUUGUGGGUGUCAAGAGGGUUGUGCAAGAGAAGAUGCCUGAGGGGGUUAAUGAGCAUGGCCUUACCUUGACCGGCUUCCUUUUUCUCCAUGCACUUUUUAUAGAAAAAGGCCGUCUUGAAACAACGUGGACAGUGUUAAGAAAAUUUGGAUAUGACAAUGAUAUUAAACUUAGGAACGAUCUCCUUCCAUUAACAUUUAAACAAGCCCCGGAUCAGAGCAUGGAGCUGACAAAUGAAGCAAUGGAGUUUUUGAAGGGAAUCUUCUCCAUGUUUGAUAUUGACAAUGAUGGGGCUCUGCGACCUGCUGAACUUGAUGAUCUGUUUUCAACUGCACCAGAGAGCCCUUGGUCUGAACUUCCUUACAAAGAUGCUGCUGCAAAGAAUGUGCUAGGAGGAUUGUCACUUGAAGGAUUUCUUUCAGAGUGGGCCCUUAUGACACUUCUAGAUCCAGCAGGUAGUCUGGCUAAUCUGAUGUACAUUGGAUACACUGGUGAUGCUGCUUCAGCAUUUCAUGUAACCAGAAAAAGGAGGACAGAUCGUAAACGUCAACAAUCCCAGAGAAAUGUUCUGCAGUGCUUUGUCUUUGGUCCUAAAAAUGCUGGAAAAUCUGCAUUGUUAAAUGCAUUAAUUGGAAGGACAUUCUCUGAGAAGUAUACACCAACAACCAGUGAGCGGUUUGCAGCAAAUAUUGUCGAACUGCCAGGAGGGAUAAAAAAGACACUAGUGAUGCGAGAGGUACCAGAUGAUGAAGUCAAAACGGUGCUGUCUAAUAAGGAGUCUUUAGCAGGUUGUGACAUAGCAGUAUUUGUUCAUGAUAGUUCGGAUGAGAACUCAUGGACGAAAGCAAAAGAUUUGCUCAUGCAAGUUGCUACUCAUGGAGAAAAUACUGGCUUUGAGGUUCCUUGCCUUAUUGUUUCUUCUAAGGAUGAUCUUGAUCCAUAUCCCUUGGCCAUUCAGGACUCAACAAGGGUAAGCCAGGACAUGGGAAUAGAGACACCUAUACCUGUCAGCAUAAAGUUAAGAGAUUUCAAUAAUGUCUUCCGUAGGAUAAUUACUGCUGCACAACAUCCCCAUCUGAGCAUUCCUGAAACUGAAGCUGGAAGAAACCGCAAGCACUAUCGCCGGAUUGUAAAUCGUUCCCUCAUGUUAGUUUCAGUACUGGCUUGUACGAAUAAGAUACUGGCACCAGCAAACCCCUCAGUAAAAGUCUGUACCAACACUUGGUACAUGAACUCAGUACUCCUGUGGUGCUGUUGGAGCUGCUGUGGCGGUUGUGGGACUGGCUGCUUACAGGGUUUAUGCAGCUAGAAAGAAUACAUAACCUGAGGAUCUCAAUUGGUACCUCGAGUAGCUCGGCAAAACAGCAGAAGCGGUUGUAGCUUUGCUGUUUUUUUGGAACUGUCCUCCGUGGCCCUUGGUUAUUUUAAGAUGGACAGUUCUAUCAUCAGCUUCCAUGAAGGCCAGAGCAAAUUUCUAGUUGUAAUGCUCUCUGGUUUCGGUUUCCCUAGUUCUGCUCUUGAGAUGUUUAAAUGUUGUUGCUUCAGUUUUUGGUGGUGGAUAAGGGUAACCUAAACACUCUGGGCAGCCCUUUCGUUUUUGUUGCGUCUCAUAACUGUUCUGUUGUCAGAUGGCUCAAUUCCGAGUCUCUGGCUUCCGUAUACCAUCUCUCGUGCUAGGGAUGAGAAGUUGAUAGUCAUACAGAUGGAGCCAUAUUAUGGUUACCUUGUGGCAUGCAUAUGGUCAUCCCCGUAUUAAAACAUUUCCUUAUGAGAUGGCUUAUGAUACCUCUGCAAAGGUGUCUCAUCUUUGCAAAUUUUACCGUAU